GAAUCGUCAAUCAAUAUAAUUGCAGUUUCUGUUUUCCACUCCUUGUCUCUAGAAUUCUAUUCUUAUCUCUGCUGCAUUCCAGUAGUUAGGGUUGGUCCCCUAACACUUCCGAAUUUUUUUGAUUCGGUUCUUCAAAUGCCCACCAUUUUGAUCGAAUAGUCGACUCUCUAAUCCUUGAUGCUCUGCACUUGGCUCCUCGCAGCUCAUCGGAUUUGAUUAAGUUUGCUGUUUCCAGCUUUGUCUGUGAUGGCGUAGAUAGCCCCUGUGUUCGCAAAUUCAAUCAAGGUACGCACAAGAGUUUCUGUACUUGAUUUAUACGUAUAUCAGUACAAGAGUUUCUGUACUUGAGCAAAAACCAAGAGAGAGAGAGAGCAGAAAAGUGAGUCAGAGAGAAAUUAAUGGCGGAGCAAGACAAGGUGAUCCUAUACGGAGUGUGGGCUAGUCCCUAUGUUAAGAGGGUGGAAUUUGCCCUCAAAGUGAAGGGCAUACCCUAUGAAUAUGUGGAAGAAGAUUUGAGAAACAAAAGUCCAUUGCUCCUCAAGUUCAACCCUGUUCAUAAGAAGGUUCCUGUGCUUGUCCACAAUGGGAAAGCCAUUGCUGAGUCUCUUGUGAUCAUUGAAUAUAUUGAUGAAACCUGGAAAACUGGCCCUCAACUUCUACCAGAGGAUCCAUACAAACGAUCCCAAAUUCGCUUCUGGGCUAGCUAUAUGCAGCAGGUGUUUGAGUCCUUGGUGUUAGUGAUCGAAAGCAGUGGAGAAGCACAAGAGAAAGCCAUCAAAGAAGUGUCUGAGAAGGUAAAAUUACUUGAAGCCGGACUCAAGGGUUUGUUUCCAGAUGGCAUUCCUUCAGUAGAUGAAUUCAGCAAAAAUGUGACACUACUAGAUUUGUUCAUUCUCGCACACUUUGGCGAAUAUGAAGCUCAUGAAGAAGUCCUUGGCCUAAAGCUUAUCGACUCUGAUAAGACUCCACUGGUAGCUUCCUGUAUAACAGCUCUGAUUGAGAUCCCUGCAGUGAAAAAGUCGCGGAUUCCUCAUGAAAAGAUGGUGGCCUUCCUCAAGUCCUAUAGAGAAGAUGCCCUCAAGUCUGCUACAGCUUGACCAAUUUUGAGUCAAUUACCAUGUACUAUAUUGUGAUUGAGUUUGCUUCUUCUCAUCAUUGUCAACUUUGUGUUUGUGUUUUAGUGUCUGGCAGCAAUACCCCUACUACUUGGGUUUUGGUGCAAGUUUUUGUAUCUUGUAAUAGAAUAAAGAGCCAACUUUAUUUUACUUUCCUAAAUUUACAUCUAAAAUCGUUUAUGUCCUUAAA